CCUUGUCCUCUGUCGAGCGUCUCAUGUAUGGGUGACCUUGUACUCCAGACACUCCCUUUCUCUUCCCAAACUCUCAUGAACGAUGGGUGUCAAGUCCCUCUGGCAGCUUCUCGCCCCGGUCGGGCGUCCUGUACAGCUGGAGAACAUGGAAGGCAAGACCAUGGCGAUUGAUUCCAGUAUAUGGAUCUACCAAUUCCAAGCGACUAUGCGCGACAAGGAGGGACGCGUCCUCGUGAACGCCCACGUCUUGGGUUUCCUGCGCCGCAUCACGAAGCUCUUGUUCUAUGGGAUCAAGCCGGUGUUCGUGUUCGAUGGGGGCGCGCCGGCGCUGAAGAGGAAUACUCUGAACCAACGUAGGGAGCGCAAGACCGACGCCACCGAGAGCCACACUAGAAUAGCGGAGAGACUGCUUGCAGCUCAGCUCCGCCAGGCUGCGGUACAGCAAGCGCAAUCCUCAAGCAGCAGGAAAGGCAAAGGAAAAGCCCCAGCCGAAGACGAAGACGUUGUGUACCUCGAAGACAUCGACCCCACCAUGCAGAAGACCCCUGCCCGCAAGCAGCCUCAUCCCUCUAUCCCCCAAACCCAACCGUCUGCCGACAAGACGAGCGCCUCCGCUUCCAAGGCCAAGUUCCGCGAUCACGACAUCUACAAACUCCCCGACGUCAACCUCGAAGCCGCCAUCGCCAAAGCGUCCACAAGCGUCCUUCCCGACCCCCGCCUUGCCACCGAGGACGAGCUGCGCACCUUCAUUGAGGAAAUGCGCCCCGAGGACCUUGAUGUCACCUCGCCCGCCUUCCGGGAGCUGCCCACCGAGGUGCAGUACGAGAUCGUCGGGGACCUGCGAUUGAAGUCCCGGCAGACGAGCUAUGUGCGAUUGCAGAACAUGCUGCAGGCCUCGAAGACGCCGCUGGAUUUCAGCAAGCAGCAGAUCGCGAAUUUGCAGCGGCGGAAUGCGCUGACGCAGCAGCUGUUGGUGACGACGGACACGAUUGGGUCGGCACAUAUUUCGAUUCCGGUGCGGGUGGCGAGCGAGAGGAAUAAGCAGUAUGUUCUGGUCAAGAAUAACUCAGCCGAAGGGGGGUGGGUGCUGGGUGUUCGGGACACGACAGGGAAUUCGGCGGAGCAGCCUAUCGAGAUCGACAAGGACGAAGAUGUGAAGCCCGAAGUUGUCGAUCCUCAGUCGCAAGUCGUGGCCCCGCCUGUCGCUGUGGAAUCCGACUUGGACGACGACGAAGACAUGGAGGAGGUGCAAAUCGACGAUGCCUAUACCCAGGCUGCCGCAUCCAUGGACUCCGACUUGCGCGCAUAUCAGGCGGAGAACGCACUCGGGGCCAUCGAACGCAGGCAGCAGGAGGCUCUUUUUCGCGGCGGCAAGGGGAAGGGGAAGGCUGCAGCGCCGACGAUGACCAACCAGGCGUUGUUCACCUUCGAUGGCGACGACUUCGAGGACGAGCAGAUAAAUCUCAUCGAGGAAGACAAUGACUUGCUGGCGAUCGCGAUUCAGGAGUCGCUUGAACAGACAUCGUCGGUGAGAGUACUAGAUACUGCUGAUGAACGGCACGAGCCAUCUACCUCAAGGGCACACGAGCCACCCAUAACGGAGGCGCCUAGGCGAUCCUCACUAUCGGAGACGCCCAGUCGGCUGGAGACAGCGCUUGCUAUCGGCAUUGGCGGGUACUCUAGCACGCCAGGAGGGUCGUCAAGGCCUCCGCUGUCUACCUCUCGAGUGCCAUCGUCCUCAGCGAGACCACCUGUGUCUUCUUCGACGCGGCCUUCGCAAGCGUCGACUGACAGCAUGCGACCGUCCGUAUCUACACCGGGACUUUCAGAGUCUACGUCUGCAGCGAUUCCUUCCUUUGGCAUGUUCGGGAUGCCCACUUUACUGCUCGGGGACCUUGAGCAGGAGGAACCCGAGGUGGCUGAGAAUGCUGCCUCAGUUAUAGGCGAGCAACCCUUAACUACUAUGGACAUAUCACGUCAAGCUCCCCCUGCCGAACCCACCGUUGCUCCUACCAUAGAACUCAUGUCUUCCGACGAGGAUGACGAAAUGGAGGAGGUUCCCGUGCCCUCCGCUGAACCCACUCGCAGGCCCUCUCCCUCGCCUAUACGCUCGCCCUCUCCUAUCCGUCGCUCUCCUUUUCGCCACGCCUCCGUUCCAUCACCAUCGCCCCCAUCCAUCCGACAGUCACCUCUCCCAUCCCCUUCGCCCAUCCACUCGCCGGCGCCCAUGCCACAUGCCUCGCCCCUGCCAUCGCCGUCGCCGAUUCGAACGUUCAGCUCAUACGCACAACGGCUGCCUUCGCGUUCCCCUGUCCGUGAGCUAGAGAGUCCUGCACCGCAUACGGCCGAAAAGCCUCCUUUCCCUUUCCCUGAACCUCCGCGACUCAUCCCACGAUCGCCUGUCGCGGGUGAGGACCUUUCCAACGGCAGCAACGGGCCCCUUACGACUUCAGGGAGUGGAGAGAUCAUGGACCAGGAUGAGGAGCCCGUCGAUGAUCUCGGCGAGGACCAUGGCGAGCCUAUAGAGGAGCAACCCGACCAAUCUCACGACGACUUCGACGCCGCACACGAGAUGGACGCGACAGCAGAGGAGGGCGAGUUCGCGCGCUUCCUCUCGCAGGUGAAGGGUCGCGACCUCGCCAGCGUCAGGAGCGAGAUCGACGACGAGAUCACGUCGCUGCGGCAGCAGAGGACGGCGGCAAUGCGCGCGGCCGAGGACGUGACGCAGCAGAUGGUUGCGCAGAUCAUGAUCAUGCUCCGCCUCUUCGGCAUCCCCUACAUGACCGCGCCCAUGGAAGCCGAGGCCCAGUGCGCCACCCUCGUCUCCCUCAACCUCGUCGACGGCGUCAUCACCGACGAUUCCGACGUCUUCCUAUUCGGCGCCGCGCGCGUCUUCAAGAAUAUGUUCAACCAGUCCAAGACCGUCGAGUGCUUCCUCGCCGCCGACCUUCAGCGCGAGCUCGGUUUGGACCGCGGUGUCCUUAUCCGUCUCGCGUAUUUGCUGGGCAGCGACUACACUGAGGGCUUACCGGGGGUGGGCCCGGUCAUGGCAAUGGAACUGCUGAGAGAGUUCCCGGGGGAGGACGGACUCGAGAGGUUUAGGGAGUGGUGGGGAAGGGUUCAGAUGGGGCGGGAUGGGGAGGAGAGUAACACACCGUUUAGGAGGAGGUUUAAGAAGAAGUUCAAGGACUUGUAUCUGCCGCCGGACUGGCCAAAUGGGGCGGUGAGGGACGCAUAUUUACACCCUACCGUCGACGAGUCCGAGGAGCCGUUCAAGUGGGGACUACCGGACCUAGAUGGGUUGCGAGAGUUCUUCAAUGGCGAGCUCGGCUGGUCACAACACAAAGUUGACGAGAUCCUGCUGCCCAUCAUCUCCAAGAUGGGGAAGCGUGGCCAGGCCCAGACGACGAACAAGCAAGGCACCCUCAAUAGCUUCCUCGACGUAUCCCUCGGCACUGGCACGCACGCGCCACGCAAGCGGCAGGCGUACGCGAGCAGGCGUCUGCAGCAAGUUGUGUCGGACUUUCGAAAGAAGAGAGCGGGCCUGGCUGAGGGUGACGACGAAGAGGCCGAGAAUGGAGAGCCAGUGCGAAAGAGGAGGAGGACGGCAACGACGAAGGCGAAAGGGAAGGGAGCGGGAAGGAAGGGGAAGGGGAAACAGGCAGAGGCGGAGGAUGAGGGCGAGGUCGGUGAAGGGGGACAGGAAGAAGGGGAGGAAAUGCAGGACGCGGAAACCGCGAAAGCCACCCGCAAGCGCAUAACCAAGAAGCCUGAGGCCAAGAAGGUACCUGUGCGGAAGGCUAGGAAGAAGCGGACCCUAAGCGAGGAGGAAGAGGAAGAUGAUGAUUCGGACGAUAACUAUGCAGGCGAUGGAGGUGAUGAUGCACCCUUCUCGCCAGGUGAUGCUACACCGCCUCGUCCGCGACCGCGGCCGAAGCCGAGACCUGUAAGGCGUAGUAUAGCGAAUACAGAGGCGUCUUGAUAUGUGUGCGAAGGCAUUGAUAGGAGGCAGAAGGAAUGCGGAAAUCAGACUGAAUUGUGAGCUUUUUCGGCGUAAAUUGUCGUCGUGUAUGCUUGUAAUUGUGGAGAUGGUUCAGCUGCUU